AUGGCUCUCGCGACGACGUCCUUAGUGACCCGGACUGUCGUUCUUUCAGAACCUUCCUCCCUGUUUUCAACAUCGUCGCGCCUGACUCAGUCAAGCGCUUCAAACGUGUCUCGAAGCACCUGCAGAAAACUCUCCACCAUCCAUAAACCAUCACUGGCCGUUUUCCGUGGAUCUGCCUCAGCCGCUCCCCUGACCGCCAUCUGCCUUCCCCGCUCUGCGUCUCUUGCUGCUUCCACCACUGCCAAGGCUGCUGCAUCGGCCGUUGCCGAGCCUGCGCGGGAGCUUCGGGGUGCCGGGCCAGUUGUAGUGGUAGAUAAUUAUGACAGCUUCACCUACAACCUCUGCCAGUACCUGGGCGACCUGGGGUGUGAGCACGUGGUGUAUCGCAACGAUGACAUCACCAUAGACGAUUUGCAAAAAAUGGAUCCCAGGGGCGUCCUCAUCUCUCCAGGCCCUGGCACGCCAGACGACUCGGGCAUUUCCCUUGACGUGGUGCGGCGCCUGGGGCCCACUGUGCCCCUCUUUGGCGUCUGCAUGGGGCUGCAGUGCAUGGGACAGGCGUAUGGGGGGCGCAUAGUGCGGGCGCCGGGGGGCGUGAUGCAUGGCAAGACGUCACCCGUGCUGCAUUCCAUGGCUGAUAGUGACUCGGGGCUGCUGGCCGGUCUACCCAGCCCCUUCACUGCAUGUCGGUACCACAGCCUAGUGAUUGACAAGGACACAUUCCCUGAGGGCGAGCUGGAGGUGACUGCAUGGACAGAGGAUGGGCUCGUCAUGGCUGUGCGGCACAAGAAGUACACCCAUGUGGAGGGAGUGCAGUUCCACCCAGAGAGCAUCAUUACGAGCAAUGGCAAGCAGAUAGUGGCCAAUUUCCUCAAGACCAUGGAUCGCUACUGGGCACAAUUUCGUCGCCCCGAUAUUGUGAGGCUGAACGCGAAUCGGCAGGGUGGUUUGUGUGUCAACCGCGCUGUUCUGUGUGCAACCUCUUUCCCCCGUUCUUGCGCAGAUGCAGCAACGCCAUUGGUUGAGCGCAAGAUUUACUCUCCCUCCUCACCCCGCUCCUCCCCCGCCUGUUUCCGCACAUGCUUUCGCCAAUUUGGAUCGUUAUUUCCUUCCUGGGCUCGUAUCGCGAUUCUGGUUCCAGUCAUCGAGAAUUCUCAUGGCUUCGACUCAACGCACACCAAUCACAUCAGGUCCCAUCUAGCACUGACCGCCAUGGGCCUUUUUACGCUCCUCUUCGGCGAGGACGCCGAUGGGUUGGGAGCAGCCAUUACCCGCUGGACCAUCGAGGAUUUUGAGAACCGGUAUGAGCAGGGCCUACGUGGCAGCAGCGCUGCCAGGGAUGACUCUUCGUCCGCGUCCGACGUGGCAGCAUCGUCGAAUGUGGAGAGCGCCGUUGCGACUUCCCGACUCCCUGAAGGCUCCAGGCAGCAGGCAGCGCCGCAGGGGCCGCCGCUGGUCAGUCAGUCUCACUCACCCGACUCACGGGAAUCUCUGGCGCGCAAGGCGCUGCCCAUGUAUCCGACGGUGGAGCUGAGGGAGCUGGCGGAGGCGGUGGGGCGGGACAUCAUGCGCGGCAAUCCCGAGGUGACGUGGAGCAGCGUGAAGGGGCUGGGCGGCGCCAAGCAGCUGCUCAAGGAGGCCGUCGUCAUGCCCAUCAAGUACCCGCAGUAUUUCACGGGUCUGCUCGCCCCGUGGAAAGGCAUUCUGCUCUUUGGUCCUCCUGGAACGGGCAAGACGAUGCUAGCCAAGGCAGUGGCAACGGAGUGUCGUACCACCUUCUUCAACGUCUCUGCUUCCACCCUUGUCAGCAAGUGGCGCGGCGACUCUGAGAAGCUCGUGCGCAUGCUGUUCGACGUGGCGAGAGCCCUGGCGCCCUCCACCAUCUUUUUGGAUGAAGUCGACGCUCUCAUCAGCCACCGGGGGGCCGGCAGCGGAGAGCACGAGGCCAGCAGGCGCCUCAAAACGGAGCUGCUCGUACAGAUGGACGGGUUGAGCAGCUCAUCAGACCUGGUGUUUGUGCUGGCCGCCACCAACCUGCCCUGGGAGCUCGACAGCGCCAUGCUGCGCCGCCUCGAGAAGCGGGUGAGUCCAUUGGCGUGGGGUAUUGUGGCGUGCACAUAA